AUGGCAGACACCUGCUGCUCCAGGACCUACGUGGUGGCUGCGUCCACCCUGUCUGUCUGCUCCAGUGACCUGAACUGUGGCAGCCGCGUCUGCUCACCCACUGCUUGUACCAGCUCCUCCUGGCAGGUGGACAAUUGCCAAGAGAGCUGCUGCGAGCCCCCCUGCUGUGCCCCCAGCUGUUGCCAGUCCAGCAGCUGCGCCCCCACCUGCUGUGCCCCGGCCUCCUGCCUGACCCUCAUCUGCACCCCUGCGAGCUGCGGGUCCAGCCCCUGCCAACCAGCCUGCACCAGCUGCUGCCAGCCCUCCUGCUGCAGCUCCUCCCCCUGCCAGGAAGACUGUGGUGUGUCUGUCUGCUGCAAGCCCGUCUGCUGCACCCCUGUCUGCUGCACCCCUGUCUGCUGCACCCCUGUCUGCUGCAAGCCCGUCUGCUGCACCCCUGUCUGCUGCAAGCCCGUCUGCUGCACCCCUGUCUGCUGCAAGCCCGUCUGUUGCACCCCUGUCUGCUGUAAGCCCGUCUGCUGCACCCCUGUCUGCUGCAAGCCCGUCUGUUGCACCCCUGUCUGCUGUAAGCCCGUCUGCUGCACCCCUGUCUGCUGCAAGCCCGUCUGUUGCACCCCUGUCUGCUGUAAGCCCGUCUGCUGCACCCCUGUCUGCUGCAAGCCCGUCUGCUGCACCCCGGUCUGCUGCAAGCCCGUCUGCUGCACCCCUGUCUGCUCCGGGCCCUCGUCCUGCUGCCAGCCCAGCCCCUGCUCCUCGUCCUGCUGCAGACCGUCCUCCUGCAUGUCCCUGCUCUGCCGCCCCGUGUGCAGGCCCGCCUGCUGCGUGCCCGCCUCCGCCCAGAAGUCCUGCUGCUGA